AUGAAAAUUAAAAAGGAUAAAGAAGCCAAGACUGAAAAAUAAAAGCCUGUAAGCAAAAAGGAGCAAGAAAAGAAAUAAACUGCAGCAAUUGUAAAGGAAAAAGAAAAAGUAAAAAUCAAGGACUAACCUAAAUCCAAAGAUAAAAAGAAAUAGCCUAUUCAGACUACUCUUCCAGUCUCUAUGAUUGGAAAAAGAUCAGCUAGAUAAGAGCCAGCUUAAUCUAAAAUUAAAGAAAUUCCUGAAGAAAUUCAUUUAGAAGAAGAGAACAAGGAAUCGAAGAAGGGUAAAAGAGGAAAGAAAAUAUGUCCAUAAUGCAAUGACUAUGUUCCAAUUCAUUCAUAAAUAUGCAAAAUAUGUAAGCAUGAAUUUCACAUGAAUCAUAAACCUAAAACACCUAAACCCCCUCCAGUUGAUAAUUUCUAAGGAGAAGUUUAUCUUUCAUUUGAUCAAAUGUAAAGAUUGAAUUCAAGUGUCUCAUUUACUUUACAAAGAAAUAAAUUCUAUGGUAAUCUUUCUGCAAAGCAUGCUUACGCUUAACAUUAAUAGAAGGAAUGUGAAAAAAUUAAUUCUGAUAAUAAGAAAAAAGCAGAGUAAAAAGAGGAAUAAAAGGAAAUAUAGGAUUCUGACUAAAAUGCAGAUGACAAUGAUGAUGUCGAAAAUGAUUCUCCCGUUAAAUCUCAUCUUAGAGCUAUUCAACUACAAUAAGAUUUAAAAACUUAACUUAAAAAUCAAAACUAUAUUAAAAAGUCCUUAAAUCAACACUAUACCUGUAAAUACAUUGAAGAUCUCUAGAAUUAAAGGAUUUCCUAUGAAAAUAUUAAAAUAGAUCAGCCUAUCAAAGAAGAUGAUAUUGGAAACAUAAAAUAAUAGGAAAUCAUAUAUGAGAAUAUUAAAUAUUCUGCCAUUAAAAAAAGUGCUACACAAAUAAAUGAUUAAAUCUGUGCAUAUUCAUUUGGAGAAAAAGAUAAAACGAAAGUUAUAAAAAUUCAAUGGAUUCAAACAUCGUCUAAAGAACAGAGAUAUAUACUAGCUUAGUCUAAGGAAAUAAGACUUAAGCCAAUUUAAACAUACAGCGAAGAUGAUGAGCUAAUAAAAUUUUUCAAAGUCAGAUGGUUACCGUUCGUAACUUCUUCGAUGGAUGGUUAUCUUAAGAUCUUUGAUUUAGAUGAUAUGUUUGUACCAAUCUACGAAUACUUCUCUUCAAAGAUCAUCCAAAAAAAAUUCAACUUCUUUUCUGAAAACAUAAUUAAUACCUGGUCAAGUAUCUAUGAUGACUUCAUUUACUCUACUGGAAUCAACGGUAUACUCUACAAGAUUUCUAAAAAGUUGUAUUCAAAGAAUGAAUGUGCUAUUGUUUCAUUUGAUAUUUCAGAAAGUGCUAAGUUUAAUGAUCAAGAUAAAAUAAUGGCUAUUGUAAUGAGAAACAGCAAUUUAUUAGUCUUAAUUAAACAAUAUUGA